UUUUUCCUUCCUUUUUCUCUCAAAAGAAUUUUUUGUCAAUCUCCCUUCCCCUUUUUAUAAAAAUGAAAAUACAAAAAUUAAAUUCAUCACCAACAUCUCAAUUAUUAUUAUUUUCCUUAAAGGAUUCUUCAAUCGGCGGUCAUCAAGAACGUAAUUGGAGGGGAAUUAUUACAGCAUUAUUAGUUAUUGCAAUUAUGUGUUCAUUAAUUGCUUUGGCUGUUCUUGUUCUUUCGCCUCCUUUAAUUGACGCAGACCAACCCCAACAAAGAAUUUCAUUAUCAGACGUUCUCUCGCUUCGAUUUCUUAGUUUUGUUGAAUCUCUUGAAUGGAUUGACAGCAAAAGAUUGUUAGUUAAAUAUACAGAAGGAAUUAAAAUAUUGGAACUUAUUGAUGAAGAAACAACAAAAUGGGAAUGGAAAAAUUUAGAAGGAGAUUUGUUUCGCUAUGGAAAGCCCAAUUCUGUUGACGUGUCGUCGGAUGCUCGGUAUUUAAUUUUUCAUUAUUAUAUCGGUAAACGUUCUUCUAAAACCAGCACUUUUCGAGUUUAUGACACAAAAACGGAGACUUUCGAAAAUGUUGGGCCUGAAAAGAGUGGAGACGAAAAUGUUAAAGUUGUGGCUUGGAAUCCAAAGGGAAAUGAUUUUGCUUAUGUCUACAACAACAAUGUUUUCUAUCAAUCUGACCCUUUGACUCUUAAAAGUCAACAAAUUACUAAUGACUCUUCUGAAGAUAUUUUGAAUGGAGUAGCUGAUUGGUUAUAUGAAGAAGAAAUUUUACAAACUUCUCAAGCUUUGUGGUGGUCAAAAGAUGGGAAAUUCUUGGCAUUUUUAACAAUUGACAAUAGAGAAGUGCCUCAUGUGCCUAUUAUGCAUUUUGCACAUCAUCAAUAUCCAAAAGUUGCAAAACAGCCUUAUCCUAAAGUUGAUGAAAAACAUUUACCUCAAAUUUGGUUGAGUAUUUGGAAUAAAGAGGAUGGGACAUUGAAGAAAAUAAAUGUUGAAGGAAUUCCUGAAAGUUCCCGUAUUUAUUUAUUUUCUGCUCAAUGGGUUGAAUUAUAUGGACAACAAAUUUUAAUUGCUGUUUGGGCAAAUAGAUAUCAAAAUCAAAUAAUUUUCUCUUUAUGUUCAUUUAAUUCAUCAAAAUGUUUACCCAAUUUAAUCCAAAAAUUCACUUUUGAUAAUUUAAAUUAUGGAAAGAUUUCUUCAUUUAAUGGCCCAGAAGCUUCUCAAAAUUUAAAAAUUGACACAAAUUCAAAUUUGAUUUUAAAUCUUUGGGCAGAACCAGAGGACAGUAAAGUACGUUUUUAUUCAUCAGAUGCUUUCUAUACUUUAUUGCCACAUCGAAGACCUUCAAAUAAUGGAGAAAAUGUUUAUACUCAUUUGGCAUGUAUUAAUGUUUCUCACGGAUUGGAACGUGGGCGUGAAACUUUUCUUCCGUCUGGAAAUUUUGAUGUUGAAAAAAUUAAUUUUUUGAGCCAUGAACGUCAAAAAAUUUAUUUUACUGCAGCAGCGCCAUUGCCUUCACAAAGACAUCUUUAUGUAAUUCCUUCAUUUCCUGAUUCUCAUUCAAUCGACCCAAUAUGUUUAACUUGUAAUAUAUCAAUUAAUUGUACUUUCCAUGAAAGCCAUUUUUCACCAAUUAAAAAGAAUAAUAACAACAAUUUCUCUACACAAUUUGUUUCUUUAAAUUGUAAAGGCCCCGGACCUCCCCAUUUUUUAAUUGCAAAAUUAAAUUCUGAUGGAAAUAAAUUAGAAAAAGGUAAAUUUGAUUUUAUUUAA